GCUGGAGGAGCCAUCAAAUUUGAAGUACUUCGGCAGUCUUGGCAUCAAUGCGAGCGAGGCACGAGGUCUUUUCGGCCUCUUGGACGCCGAUGAGUCAGGCAGUGUGAGCCUGCAGGAGUUCAUGCAAGGCUGCUUGCGCCUGCGGGGACAAGCGAAGGCCAUUGACAUGGCCACCCUGAUGUAUCAGAACAAGCGCAUCGUCUUCUGGCUCCAGGACAGGUUGGAACGCCUGGAGGGCAGCUUGCGGCCCACGGAAAACGAUGGCAAGGUGGUGCCGCACAAGAAGAAUGACUCAAUGUCCAAGGUGGGCCCCGUGGUUAAGACUUGGAUGGAGCUCACGAACGAGCACAUGUCAGGCAGGAGAAGGGGCUCGAGCAAGUGA